GCCGCUUGCUUGCUUUGCUUGCAGGUGGGGUGCGGUGUCGGCGCUGCCUGUGGGGGCCAGGAGGAGUGAAGCGAAGGAGGAUUAGUGCGAAGAAGUGGGCUCUUCUUCUUCUCAGUUCCUCACACAUUCUCUCUCUCUCUCUCUCUCACACUCACUCACUCAUUCAUUCAUUAGCCUCCCCUCAUUGCUCAUUUGCAAUUCUGUGCUUCUCUUUGACCUCUCUUUGUUUCAUGCUGUAGAAACAGAGAGAGUGGUGUUCUCGUUCUCACCGAUGCCCUAACUCUGUUAUCACAAUCCUCUCUCUGCCUGCCUGCCUGAGAGGCCUGUUUAUUCUAUUCUCUAUUUCGUUUAGUUUGGGCGGUUUCUUCUCCGCCCUUCUUCAUCAAUGGAGUUGGCGAUGAAAUCUAGUGGCGAGAAAAAGAAGAAAUCGAGGAAGCGACCGAAGGAUGUAGAAGACAUCGACAAUGGGGUGACCAAUGGAGUUGGGGUUACAAAUGAAAACGAUUCCGGGAAUGGAGAAGUCGAAGCCGAGAAAAAGAAGAAAAAGAAGAAGUUGAGCGAUCCGAAAGUUGUGGACUUGGAGGCCGGGACAGCGGAGCAGCAGGAGGAGAUGGAUGGAGUAAGUGAGGAUGCAGAGCAAGUAGAUAAAACAGAGUCUGACAGACCGGAUCUUAAGGAUGUAAUCAAAGGGAAGAAGUCAAAGAAGACGAAUUUUACUAUCGAGAAUUUAGGUGGAACUGAACAGGUUGAAGGCAUUAUGAGUACCACCUCAUUUGAGUCAUUGCCAGUUUCGGAGCCCACUAAGAAUGCUCUAAAAGACACCGGAUUUUCUCAUAUGACUGAGAUUCAAGCUAGGUCAAUCCCUCAGCUUCUGACUGGUCGUGAUGUUCUGGGAGCUGCAAGAACUGGUUCUGGAAAAACCUUGUCAUUUGUAGUUCCCGCCGUGGAGUUGCUAUUCCAUGCCCACUUUAUGCCUCGGAAUGGAGCCGGUGUGAUCAUUAUAUCUCCCACUAGGGAGCUUGCUAUGCAGAUUUAUGGAGUCGCUCGAGAUAUCCUAAAAUACCACAAGCAAACACAUGGCAUCGUUAUGGGGGGAGCUAACAGAAGAACUGAGGCUGAAAAGUUGGCGAAAGGGGUGAAUUUCUUGGUUGCCACUCCAGGUCGACUUCUGGAUCACCUUCAGAACACCAAAGGUUUCAUAUUCAAGAACCUCAAGUGCCUGGUGAUCGAUGAAGCUGAUCGAAUUCUAGAAAUAGGGUUCGAGGAGGAGAUGAAGCAAAUUAUCAAGUUGUUGCCAAAAGAGAGGCAAACAGUGCUAUUCUCUGCUACUCAAACCACCAAGGUGGAGGAUUUAGCGAGGGUUUCAUUCAAGAAGGCUCCACUGUAUAUUGGUGUAGAUGAUGGUCGGUCGAAAGCUACAGUUGAAGGAUUGGAGCAAGGAUAUUGUGUGGUGUCCAGUGCGGAACGUUUCUUGCUACUAUUCACCUUUUUGAAGAAGAAUUUGAAAAAGAAGAUUAUGGUUUUCUUUUCGUCGUGCAACUCUGUGAAGUUUCACAGUGAGCUUUUAAACUACAUCGACAUUCCGUGCCUAGACAUUCAUGGCAAACAGAAGCAGCAGAAGAGAACGUCAACUUACUUCGAGUUCUGUAAUGCGGAGAAGGGCAUCUUACUUUGCACGGAUGUUGCUGCUCGUGGGCUGGACAUCCCAGCAGUGGACUGGAUUAUUCAGUACGAUCCUCCAGAUGACCCAAGGGAAUACAUUCAUCGAGUGGGUCGAACUGCUAGAGGAGAAGGAUCUCAGGGGCGAGCGUUGUUGUUUUUGAUUCCGGAAGAACUGGGCUUCCUCAAGUAUCUGAAGGGUGCGAAAGUUCCUCUUAACGAAUACGAGUUUCCUUCGAAUAAGAUUGCAAACGUGCAAUCACAGCUGGAAAAGCUUGUUGAGAAGAACUACUAUCUGCAUCAGUCGGCUCGUGACGCAUACCGGUCUUACUUAUUGGCUUACAACUCUCAUGCUAUGAAGGACAUCUUCAAUGUGCAUCGGUUGGAUCUACAGGCUGUCGCAUCAUCAUUCGGAUUUAGCUGUCCUCCGAAAGUGAGCCUCAAUUUAGAUAGCAGUGCUGCGAAAUUCAGGAAAAAGGGUCCAAAAGUGGAGGGUCGGAGUAGUGGCAAGCACGGGUUCAAUGCAAGUAAUCCUUAUGGCAAGAAAGCAGGUGGAGAUAAGACGAAGUUCACCCGGUACUAGAUGUGUUGCGCAGAGUGGAUGAAUCAGCCAACUCAGUUUUGAAAGUUGAUUUUUAUACAAAUGUUUGACAAUUAAUUAGGUGUGAAACUUAUCUAUGCCGUUGGUUUAAGUUUCAUACAUAGAGUUAGUCGUAGCAGCGCAAGCUUUCAGGCAUUUGUUAAUGGGCUGUAAAUAUAAUGAGUAACAUUUAGGGUGAAGAUAUUGGAUCUUCUAUAUCGGUCGCCGCGACAUGCUAUAUUAUUAUUUUGCUGUUAGCAUUUUAGCUAUGAACGUUUCAAGUUUUCGCAGAAGAGUUAUAAUUAGGAAAGCAGAAGCGAAUGGCUUCCUGUAAUGAAACGAUGCUUUCAUGUUGCACUAUCUUUGGCAGUUUCACUGCGAGCAAGAAGGGUUUCAGCGUGAUUCAACCGAUGUACAAUCACAUCGAGAUUGAGUUAGCGAAAAUUGCUUCGAGUGUCUUCUCCGUAUUUACUAGAUUAUCGAAUAUCUUCGUAUUAAUCAGUA